UCCAGUCACAGGAAGCUGGCAGGGAAUUACCUUCAUGUGAAUAAAUUUUGCUAGGAAAAUAGAUGUGAAGUUUGGUUCAUCUCGGUUAUAAGAAGAAUAUAUGGAUUCUUAAGAUAAGAAGGCAAGUUUUUAGGACUAAAACACAUUUCAUCUGGUCAUCUGGAAGGCCUUAUUGGGGAUACAGUACUGCUGGCAUUCAGCCCUGCCACUGCAAUGGAGAAUGAAUUUGUUUUCAGUAGUGAUACAGCAGCUUUAGAUCCAGCCACUGAUCCAUCAGCAUCCACGAUGUUUCCAGAAUCUAAUGAAAAUGAGCCUGAAGGCUUAACUUUUUAUCACAUGGAUCUCUAUGAAUCAAAGGGAAGAUUAGAAAUCUUUCCUGAAGAGCCAGCUGGAAGAGGAGAUGGGGCUCUAGGUGAAACCACUGAAGAGUCAACAGAGCUUGGGGAAGAUUUUCGCAGUUCUAACCGAAGUGCAUAUGACUUGGAAAAGGAAGUUGAUGAACUAACAAAACUAUAUGGACUUGAUGAGGAUAAAGAAAUAGAUCAGGAGCUUCUUGGUGGGAAUAUAGCUACAGCUGGGAUUUUAGAGAGCAAAGAGAUACCAGCUGUCAAGGAAGAUGUAGCAGCAGGAUCAUAUGGCUCCAUAUAUAAUGCACCAAAGAGUAGUUCACCAGUAAAUGGCUCUCAGCAUAAAGAACACAUGGAAAGCACAGAGGAACAGGAACUUCCUGGCAAGGAAGAUGAAUCUCAACACCUACACAAUGCGAAAUCAUAUGAUGAGUUGCAUAAUCAUGCAAGUUCCAAAGAAGAGCUUAGGAGUGAUGACAGGCAAACUGAGCAGAGUAUUCAACCAAACAGUGAAGAGGAAGCUGCUGAUAUUUAUUGUGCUACUUGCAAGAUUCCAAUUCGAGCGUUUGACAAAUUGUUUGGUGAUCAUAAGGACCAUGAGGUGACCCAGCUUGCCAAUGCAGUGGAAAGUGCAAAGGAGGAGAUUCAGAAAAACAUGUGUAAAUUAGAAGAACAGGUUACUGAAAUGGAAAACUUUGCUGGUCACUUGGAGGAAAUUUUCAUUACUGUAGAGGAGAAUUUUGGGCGCCAAGAGCAGAAGUUUGAGAUGCAUUACAAUGAAGUGAUGCAAACCCUAACUCAGAGAUAUGAAGAAAAGGUAGAAGGCCUUGGGGAAGAGAAGAAACAGAAGCUAGAAGCCUUGUAUGGGCAACUGGUCAGUUGUGGAGAAAAUCUUGACACCUGUAAGGAGCUGAUGGAAACAAUUCAAGAGCUGUGCAAGGACAAGGAGAAAGCUGAUUUUAUAAAGGCUGCAGCACCCGUGGUGGAUAGGCUGGGAGAAUUUUUAAAAAAAGAUAUGGAUUUAGUGCUUUCAACACUGCCAGACUUUGAAGACAGAGUCAUAGAUUUUUCUGAUGUUCAACAACUAAUGGAUUCCAUUAAUACCAUCGCAGCUCCUUCUGCUCCAGUGAUAAAUCCCCAAGCUCCCAACUCAGCGACUGGCACCUCUGUGAGAGUAUGCUGGGGCCUAUUCUCAGAUGACACUGUCGAAUUCUACCAGCUAUAUUAUAAACAAGUCAGUGAUGACACACCUAGUGAGGCGCAAGCUGAACUCAUGCUAAAAGUGAAAGAAGCAUACUGCACAGUAACUAAACUGGUGCCAAAUACACAAUAUGAAUUUUGGGUCAGUGCUUUAAACACCGCCGGCGUCAGCGCAGUGAGUGAAAGAGCAGUUUAUGUGACAGCUCCUUCACCGCCUAUCAUUAAAAGAAAAGAGAGCCGAAGCUGUGAAAAUGCAGCACUGGUAUGCUGGGAAUCUGGAAACAUGAAUCCUGUUGACUCCUACACGGUUGAAUUGUCCAAACUAACAAAUGGAGAGAAUGGAGAUAUCAUUACAGAAUCUAUUGUUGGAAUUCCUAACUGUGAAACUCUAAUUCAACUGGAGCCAGGACAAAGUUAUGUUAUCUCUGUAAGAGCUGUAAACAUGGGUGGUCCAAGUGAGAGAAGUGAACCUCUCUCUAUCCACACCACAGGCACUUACUUUUAUCUUAAUGAGGACACUGCCCAUCCUUUGCUGUCUGUUCUAGAAGAUGGAUUAACAAUUGCUUGCAGUGAAAUAGAAAACCUAGAAUGUGAUUUGUCCUUCCGUGAUAACGGUUUUACAAGAUGUAUUGCUAUCCUAGGAAGCAUGAUACCAUUCCAAGGGAAACAUUACUGGGAGGUGGAAGUUGAUGAAAAUAUGGAAUACAGGGUCGGCGUGGCUUUUGAAAAUACUCACAGACACGGGUACCUGGGGGCAAACAGCUCAUCCUGGUGCAUGAGGCAUAUUGUCACACCGGCAAGGCACAAAUAUGAAUUUUUGCACAGUGGGACAACGCCAGACAUUAGGAUUACAAUUCCCCCCAAGAGGAUUGGCAUCCUGCUGGACUACGACAACUGGAAAUUGUCUUUUUUUAAUCUGGAUAUUGCACAGCACCUUUAUACAUUCAACAGUCACUUCCAGCACUAUGUGCACCCCUGCUUUGCUUUAGAAAAGCCUGGGGUCCUAAGGAUACGUAAUGGCAUUGCGAUGCCCACAUCUAUUACUCUUUUAUGAUCUAUGGCUUGAGUGGCAGCUGCUGAGCAUGGCACAUCUGUGUAACAAACUGACAAAAGCCCUAUAUCACAAUCACUUUCUCCCUUUUAAGUACACACUUUAUGCUUCAGCGAAUAGUUAAAGGCCCAGUACCGCAUGCAGAACUCCUGUGGAAGGCACCAUCAGCUGAAGGCUUGCAGGAUCAAGCCCGCAGACUGCUAUAUCUGUCCUAUGUCAUUCAGAGGCUUCAUAAGCGCAGAAAGUUUCUCCCCUUGCUGGAGGCGGACAGGCUCAUGCUAGCACACUAAAAAACGCAGCAUGCACACUGUGGCUUGGGCUAGAGCUCGAGCUCAUGCUCUCAGGUCAAGGUAGCAGGAAUAUUUCUAGCUGAGCUGGGAGCUCACUCCUACCUGUAGUGUAGACAUUUCACAAGCUUAUUAGGGUAUGUUCACAGAAAGAGAGGAAAUAGCUCCAGGGAUUGACUUCCUGUGAAAGGAAAGUCUCUUCCUUUUAGGGCACUGGUUUGAAUCCAGCCCAAGCUAACAGUGACAAGCAGUUUGGUCAAUGGGAAAUUAGUCAGUAGGGUCAGCCCUGUUCUUAGUGGAGAGGAAUUCAGAUCACAAGAGCCAUUACACUUAGCUCCAUUGUCAGCAAUCUCCAGAGAGGGCCAGGUCCAAACAGAUAUGGAGAUUUACCUUCCUUGUCCUUUCUAGAGGUGAUCGCAUCAGCUGAGGUUUGACACACAGAGGGGACAUUUGAGUUGGGAGGUGUGAAUCCCUACCCAGGCUUCAGAGUAGCAGCCCUGUUAAUCUGUAUCCGCAAAAAGAACAGGAGUACUUGUGGCGCCUUA